AUGGAGACUGCACAUCUCGUUCAUCCCACUAUCACCGUGGGGAACUACAUCGUUGAUGGCUGGAGACUUAAGCCACGGCGAACCAGAAUUCUAGCUGCAGGGGGUAAUAACACAACUAACGUUAGACUACUGAUCAAUAAUAAUAAUGUAGUAGUGCAACAAAGACUGCUGCCAAUAAAAUCUGCUUCAAAAGUGGACGUUGAGCGAUUGAUGAACAUAUUGCAUCAAGACCUUCUACAUGUUUUUGAUGAUGAUCAUAUAUUUGAUCUAAUGGUGUACGAUAAAAAUAUUAAGUUUCAAGACCCGAUUACAAAGUUUGAUAAUAUAAUUGGAUACUUAUUCUAUAUUGACAUGUUGAAGCUGGUUUUCACUCCUAAUGUCCAUAUUCAUUGGAUCAAACAGACAGGGAGUUAUGAAAUAACUACAAGGUGGGCAGUAGAAAUGACAAUCUCCUUUCUACCAUGGAAGCCAUCAUUGGUGAUUACAGGAACUUCCGUAAUAGGCAUAAACCCGACAAAUGGAAAGUUCUGCAGUCAUGUAGACUAUUGGGAUUCUAUAGACAACAAUGACUACUUUUCUUUAGAAGGUUUCAUGGAUAUAAUUAAACAGCUGCAUACUUGCAAUAAUUCUCCAGAAUUGGAAGCACCCAAAUAUCAGAUACUCAAAAGAACUGCCACUUAUGAGGUACGAAGAUAUAGUCCCUUCAUAAGUGUUAAAACGCAAAGCGGGAAACUUGCUAGAUCAACAGGAUUUAAUGAUGAGGCUGGAUUGCCAGAUCCUAACAAAAAUGAUGUUAGUUGUUUGAGGAGUAUUCAAGGAGGUUUUGCAGCUGUAUUGAAGUUCAGUGGCAAACAUACAGAGGAUAUCGUUCGUGCAAAACAGAAAUUACUGAGGUCUAGUCUUCUUUUAGAUGGUCUCAAACCUAAAGACGGACGUGUACCAGAUCGCUACAAUGAUCUUCUCGGAACUGUAAGUCCUAUGAAGGUGGGAAAGUAA